AUGAGGCUAGAGCGAAGGACAAUUAAGAGCGAACCUAGCCCAAGUGACAAGCCAAUGGAGGUCUGUAGAUGGAAGGAUGCAGUAUGGUUAGGGGCAGCAGUCCACGACAUAGGCACUUACUGCGAACAACUACAAAAAGGACAUGACCGGCGAGAGCAACAGUCUAUAAACGAGUCUACAAGCAGGGUCUACUGGUUAGAGAAGUUCGUUACCAAUCUGAAAAAGGAGGAUCUCAGGACCUUAUACCAACAGUUCAGGAAUCAGGAUGUAAUAGGAGGAUGCGAGGAUGAGGGGAGAAAUCUGGGGAGCAUCACCUGGGAAGAUUUAGUCAACAAUGUCCUACAGGCUAUGGAACCCCUCACAACCUUCACAUAUGAGCCGGAAGGGACAGUUGAUCCUUCGAAUGAUAAGAUUAAGGGAGCCUCCCUCGAUUGGCGGGACAUACUCUCAAGGAAGCUCUGCCAAGGCUCCGCACAUUCACCCGAGUGGAUGGGCCUACUUAUCUGCCUGGUAAAUAUCUGGGGUCAGACCAUGACAGGCAACCCUAAUUUAAGCAAAAUGCUCCCGCCCGUUUGUCAGGAUCUCUUGCAGGAAAUCGAGAUGCCGAAAUGUUUAUGGGACUCCUGGCUCUUAGAAACACUUGGAGAAAAAUUGCUCCCACGACAAACGACCGAGUCGCCGGUAGCACCUAACGAUGAGAUACAGGGGAAGAUAGGUCUAAUAUUGAGUAUCUAUGGGGGAAUAAGUAAACUCUGCCAGACCUGUGGUCCCUAUGAGUUAAGUCAAUUGGUAGAAUCACAGGACAGCGCGUCAGGUAGGAAGCAGGCUUUAUAUUGUAUAUUCGACAAGGGGACAUUAGAGUGUGGAGCAGGAUUACAGCACCUCAGCGGAAGGACGAACUAUCUGAUAUAUAGGGACCUAGAGGGAGUUAAGUCAGGAACUUGUGGAGAACCUGGGGCAGGAAAAUCAAAAGCAGUCUUAAACGAUGAGGAGGCAAAAUCAGGAGUAGUAGACCAGAAAUCCGCGGCGACUGACCCAAGAACCACUCAAACGAGUCCCACGGAACCAGAGGUAGGGGGGCAUUCCAUGAGUCUCAUUAACUUGGGCGAUGCUAAUCUCCAUAGUCCCAAAGCAUCGCAGAACCUUGCCCCAACUGACGGAAGAAGCCCCAAUCGGAAGUCACAAGAAGAAAUAAACGCAGAUAGUGAGAGGUCAGAGAGAAUAUAUCUCGACGAAAUGAGGCCUAAGGGGGGGGACCAUAAUGGUCAAAUUGCUUUGCCUAGUGAUGACCCCUCUCCCUCCGGAUUAGUGAGGGUAAAGACAGCAAGGCCAAGUCUCCAGGCGGGUGAACCUCGGCUGGACCCCUCCUGGGGAGGGUAUUCAGGCGUCCUAGGAGGAGGUGUUAUAGCCGUCAUGUUUGCGAGUAUAGGUCUCUAUGGCUUCUGGCGGAUAGGUUCCUUCAAGUCAUGUGUAGGCAUGAGGGGAUCUACGGACAAAAGACACCUAGUAGGAUAUGGGAGUUUACCUCCCAGGGGAAACUGGAGAAGAUAG